AUGGAGUUAUCAAAUCUCUCUUGCUACCCCUUUAAUGAAGAUGCAAUAUUGUCCUUCACUUGUUCACCAGUACGAUCAAAGGAUUCGGAAUGGACUUUUGAGGAAGAGAAACUUUUUGAAAAUGCCCUUGCUGUCUAUGACCUUAAUUCUUGGGAUUUGUUUGAGAAGAUUGCUAUCAAGGUCCCCGGAAAGACAAUUGAACAAAUUAAACAGCAUUUUCAAUUGCUAGUUGAAGAUGUUAAUUUCAUUGAAACAUGGAGUGGUCCACUGCCCAAUUGCAGAACAACCAACAAUGUAGAGCCUGAAUCAACUCCAAAUAGCACUUUAACUUCUGUUGAAAAUCGGCAGAAAAAGAAAGGAACUCGUUGGACUAAGGAAGAACACGAGAACUUUCUACUUGGUUUGAAAAAGUAUGGCAAAGGAGAUUGGAGAAGUAUUUCAAGGAAUAGUGUAUUGACAAAGACACCAACUCAAGUUGCAAGUCAUGCCCAAAAGUACUUCAUUCGCCUCGCGAAGUUAUCAACCACCUCAAAUCCUCUAUCCUCAGCUGCUUCUCAAGGCAAAUCUAAGAUUAAAAUGACUCCUCCAUCUCAACGCGUUGCUGCUUAUAGUAGUGCCUCUAUAUUCUACCAGUCACCUACUACAGCUACAUCUAUCAUUAAAAGGACAUAA